UGACAGCCGUCCCCAGCCCCAGAAUAAAGGCUCUGGCCCAGCCUAAGAAAGACUUCUGCCUCCAGAUCCAGCUCAGGAAAGAGGAAGAGGAGGAGGAAGAGAGAAGGAUGAAGAUCUCCCGCCCUUCCUCUCACGCGGCGCAGUACGAGAACGUUGUCCGUCUGGCGACUCCCAAAACCCGAGGAAGAAGCGCCCAGGAAGUGAAUUCUCCUCACUCGUUGUUGUGCGAUCAUGACUGUCCGAUCUGGCACGCUAGUCCCAGUUUAAGGAACGUGGUCGUCUCCCCUCGACUCCUCCAGCUGGCCAACCCCAAAACCAACCACCCCAACUUCACCAGCAACAGACAGAAUGUGCAGACGUUCAUCUCAUGUGCGGCUCAAUCAGCCAAGAUGACAUCCAGACUCGAGCAGCUCUCACUGCCCAAACUGAGAAAGAACAGACACUUCUACGACCCUGGACUACCAGAGAGUCCAAUCCGAAUGGUGUCUAGAGGAGCAAGAAUCGCCACGGCGAGCGCCCGAAUCCAAGCUUUAUCCACUCCUAAAGCGCUCUCUAAAGACUACAUCCCACCCAGAGAACCAACAUGGCGGCCCUGAGAAAACAAGACAGACCACAAAGCUGUGGUUUCCAGCACAUUCAUCAACUGCAGUUAUUGUAUUUUGUCACUUUCUCACCACCUUCGUUUUCCUAUCAAGAGCCUGCUGAUUGGUUGAGCUCACGUUGCUUUGGCUCUGGUUUUCUAAUCACGCUCUCAGAUUUUGACUCUGGACUACUUCUGACUGAAAUUUAAGUACUACGUUCUCAGCCUGCUGCCAAACCCGCCUGGCUCCUCAAAAAGGACUGUGUUUUACGCCUAUAGUGUUUCCAGAUUGUCUCUUUUUUUGGAUUUCUGUCUUGCCGCCGUUUUCUGUGAGAAAACCCUGCAAGAGUAUCUAUGAUUAUCAGCAUCUGGUUUGAACAUCGAUGUAAGUUUUCAUGCCUGGACUUUUAUUCUACACAUUCACCUAGAUUACACUCUGUACUAGAAUUAUGUGAAUUUUAUAUAUAUAUAUAUAUAUAUAUAUAUAUAUAUAUAUAUAUA